AGAUAUAAGACAGUAUCAAAGUUAGUUUUAGAAGCUAGCAAAUUCGCCGUCUCGCUAUGACUUCCUAUUCGCUGAUCCCUUUCCCGCGGCUUCGUGAGUCCGUAUUCUCGUUAUCGACUCCGCAUGUCGCGAAAUACAAAUCGUAUGAGCAUCGAAAUGGGAUUCCUAUGCUUUUUCAAAUACAGGAAAUCUCUGUAUGUCAAUUGAGUUACUUGGUAUUUGAAAGCUAGCAUGGACGCAAUCUAGCCCCUGAGGGCCAACCGUUGGCUAAAUUACACCCAUCACGCCAUCCUAAGGCGCUCCACUUUCUUCUUUCUUCAACCCACUCGAUUUGCUCACAAUACUUCUCGAGAAUGCCGCCCGCACCCGCCUGUGACCGGUGUCAUUCUGUCAAAGCUCGAUGUUUACCAGGAACUGUGCAAUGCUGCUACCGCUGUUACCGCCUGGGUCAUUCAUGCACUUAUUCUCGUCCCCGCGGGAAACGAGGUCGCAAGCCAAGGGUCCUCGGCCCCUGUUUCUUAGCCUUUGAUGCAGCCCAGAAGGAAGAUUGCCAUACCAAAUCGGUAUCUGAGUCCUCUGCCAUUCUGUCUGAGACAGAGGAGGGUCAUGAAAACAAAACUCCCACAAUGCAAGAUCUACCGCUUGUAUCGACGUUAUACCGAGAGGGGGUGAUCUCACAAAUAACGGAGUAUACAUCCAUCCAGAUAUGCAACUUCUUUACAUUUGGACCUUUCCUGAGUCAAGAGAUGGGUCAUAUGAUUCGUUCCCGGCUGCAGGAAGCCCCGGCUCUUCUCCUGAGUCCGUACGCUGCGGUGGCUCGAGUGUUUCUUCGCAACAUUGCCAAUAAGCCGCGGUGCAAUGACGCGGAGCUAUCUAAAUGUGCAUCUGCCUUGCAGGAUCUUCGAAGGGCAGAGAUUACUAAAUCAGAUUACGCAUGCAUCAUUCUCUCUUUAGGGACUAGCUUGUUAACCUUUCAUCGCCUGAUAUCUGGGGUAUCGGCUAGCACAAUUUGUCGACACACUUUAGCCUUGAUUCGACCAUUUUAUUACGCAGGGAAACUCCAGGGAUUGGAUACUCGUGAGUUAGUAUGUCUAGUAUUUCUCGACACAGCCCAAUCCCUCUUCCGGGCUCGUGUCCCUGUGGUUCAACUCCGAGAGCAAGAUGCUUCCGUGGUGAACCAGCAUGCAGGGCUUUGCGGAUCACUUCUUCCGCUUCUUUAUCGGCUCUGUGUUUUGGCUUCCGGGGUCAGAACGGGCGAUGAGAAAGACCUAUCCCACUCUACAACCUUCGAUACUCUCGCGAAGGAGCUCAAAAACUGGUCACCGUCUAUCCCUGAGUCUGUCUUAGAGCGGUUUUCUCCGGAUGAAAUGUUCCUUCUCAUCUCUCAAGCCACUAUCCACAAAGCCACUGCUCUUCUAAUCCUUCAUCGGCUGAGAUUCCCAUUUGGAGUGCAAGACCCCGAGGCCGAAACGUUAUCUUCCUCGAUCGUGCAAUGUAUGACCCAUUGCCUGGACGUGGCAGGGAAAUAUCCACCUAACAUCACAUUGGUGCUAUUGGUUGCUGGCUCAGAGGUGCAUGAAGAAGUGAAAAGACAAGAGAUAAGGUCCCUGGUUCUGAAGAUUUCCGGUGCCAACUUUUACCCCUUUAUCAACAACUUGCUCCUUUCCCUAUCUUGCGUGUGGAAAGCUAGGGAUCAAGGCACGUCACAAUAUCUAUUUUCUCUUUUCGAGAAUGAUCCAGACUUGAGUAUUCCUCUCUAAAGCCGAGAUAGAC